AUGAAAUCUGGAACCUGUGACAUCUGCCAAGUCACCGGCACUCCAAACCCCAGUCUCUUCAUGCACCAGAGAAAGACAUCACAUGUCGGGACUCGAGGUCCUCAGCGCAAUUUCGCGACCAUCGCUAUCAUUAAUGGCACAUUGCAGCUCUUUCAAAGCGAUCGCCCGUACGCCCGAGCCGUUUGGCGAAGUUGGUCAGCGCCUCCCACUUAUAUCCUUGUCACUCUGGAGGCCGCGAAGACGCAAAUACGGCAGAGCGAGUUAGAUGCGGACGCCUGCGCCGCCGUCAAGCUUGUCGUCGACGGCUGCCGCGUGAAGGGCGAGCGCCUGGAAGCCAUAUUGAAGGAGGUCGCCGGCCAACCGUAUGCAUCGUGCAUCAGCACCACUAUGUGGCGGCCCGGCAAGGAGAAGGACGCCGCAGACCUGGGCAAGGGCAUUCUCGAGAACGUGCUGCUCUUGGCAGCCAAUGAUGUCGCCCAGCCUGCCAGCGGGGGAAAGGACGGAACGGAAGAAAUCAUGGGGGCCAUUCAAGCGCUGUCCGAGAUGCCACAGCCCCCUUCCGACUCUGGAGACCAACUCAAUAACAUCGGCGAUGUCAUGAUGAACAUCAACAAGGGCACUGGACCGUUGUACAAUGCGCGGUGCAUGACGUUUGGGAGUCCGUUGGAGUGA